AUGGAGGAGGCAAAGAUGAACAAGGAAGUCGUCGCUGCAGAGUACGCAGACAGCGACCAGCAUAUUCACCAGCAAGCAGCAAAGACGCGAAACGGCAUCACGCUCGUGCCACAGCCCAGCGAUGACCCUCAGGAUCCCUUAAACUGGUCAAAGGGAAGAAAGCUCUUCACCCUCUUUAUGGUGUCCUUCGCCGGCUUUGCUGGUAUGUUGCAAGCCGUCGGAAACGUCUCCAGUGUCUUUCAACAGGGAGCACUUUAUGGUAAAACUCCUGUGGAGAUCACAUACUCGGUUUCUGCCGCCACAGCUGGUCUCUGUGCUGGCCCGCUCUUUUGGGCUCCUGCAGCUCAAAAGCUCGGUCGGACUGGUUGUAUCUUCUGGGCAAUGAUAGCUACCGCGGUGUGCACAAUCUGGGCAGCUGUAUGUACCAGCCCUGGAUCAUAUGAGAGUUUUGUCAUUUCGAGACUGUUUGGGUGUUUGUUUGGCUCGGCCGCAACCUGUCUUGGUGCUUCUUUCAUUACAGACUUGUUCUUCCUACAUCAACGAGGCAAAUGCUUCUCCUUCUAUAAUGUCAUGAUCCUUUUAGGAACACUGGCUGGUCCGACCUUCUCUGGCUUUGUGGUUGGUAAUGGCGCGUCAUGGACAAUAGAAUACUGGUACAACGUCGGCCUUGAGCUUUUUGUGGUUCUUCUGGUCUUCUUCUGCAUGGAAGAAACUGGCUUCAGCAGACCUGGAAAGGCGCAAUAUCCAAAGCGUUCAACUACGUUCCUUGGGCGGGCUAUGGAUGCUUACCUCUUCCGAAAACCAAGUGUCCCAAUUGGCCGGAGCGCAGGCGACAUUGGUAAACUUGCACUAAUGCCAUUCCGUAUCGGUUUGCAUCCGGUGGGCAUUCUUGGAGGGCUCUUUAUCAUGGUGGUGUUCGGAUGGUCUGUCGGUGUCAACAACCUCCUUGCAGUAUUCCUGCAGUCCCCUGUCGAAGAAGGUGGAUACGGGUUCUCGCCCAACCAAAACGCAUACUUCACGUUCUCCGCCUGGCUCGGCUGCAUCAGCGGGAACCUCUAUGGUCUGUUUUUCGCUGACAAACUUCCUCUGUGGAUCUGCAAAAGAGCAGGCGGCAUCUGGAGGCCUGAAUACCGUCUACAUGCGCUGUGGAUCCCGUCCCUUAUCGGCCUCAGCAUCGGCUUGGGCUGUUUCGGCGCUGCCUUGCAGUAUCAUCUUCACUACAUGGUUGCGGCACUUGGCAACUUCCUCCUCAACUUCUCCUCGAAUGUUGCAGUGCCGGUCAUCGUCAACUACGAAGUCGAAUGUUUCACCAAGUAUCCUGUCGAGGCCGCUACGAUCAUGAAUUUCUACCGUACAAUCUUUGGAAUCGCCAUUCCAUUCUUCAUUGACCCUUGGGAGGCGGCCGUUGGAACUGGCUGGGUUUUUGGAAUGAUGGCAUUUUUCUCCAUUGGUGCCUUUAUGCUGAUUAUCACUCUUAUGCUGGCUGGUCAUACGAUUCGUCAUAAGGUCAGGAGCAGCAUCAUGUCUACUGAAGAGGGCGCAAAGAUCAUUGGAGCAGAUGCUACACGUCUUGACGUCGAGGCACAUUGA